AUGCCAAUCGGGUACGGAUGUGAGCCAGAGCUGGCGUGGGUCGCGCCAAAACAGAAUGGGGAAGUUCCUAUUACGCGGUCUGGACACUCUUUCACUUUGAAAAGUUCCGGGACAGAAUCUAUCAUCUAUAUGUUCGGCGGCUGCGACCAUAAAUCACCACCAGGUCCUACCAAUGAUUUUUACCGUCUUGACGUCACGAACGGAUACACUUGGUCUAGGGUGACAAGCAUGCAGAGUGGAGACGAGAUACCAGUACCACGAUGGCGGCAUUCCGCCAUUCUUUUCAAGAAGGACAUUUUAAUCUUUGGCGGUUUUGCGGCUGAAAAGAGAUUGAAUGAUUUAUGGAUUUUUGACACCGAACAGAAGAUCUGGGAACAAAAAUAUGCUCAGAGCUUUUGGGAAGGGCUUCCUCAGUGCCGUGGAGCCCAUAGUGCCACGCUUGUUGGUGAUAAAAUGUACGUGUUCGGGGGCUACGGAGGAAAUGGCUUUGGUCGCACCGACUUUAAUGAUCUUCAUGUGUUGGAUUUGCAUUCAUUCAAAUGGCAAGAAGUUCAAACGGAGGGGGAGAAACCUGAGCCUCGCUCGGGGCACCAAACAUGCCUAGUCAAUCAACGUUUGCUCGUCAUUGGCGGGUGGAAUAGCUUCAAACAGUUCCAAGACAUCUUUAUCGUCGAUUUACCGACAAAGACAUGGAGUGUGUUGAGCACAUCGCUGCUUACUCCGAUCUGGAAUCAUACAUGUGUGAGUGUUGCAGCUGUACCGCACUGGAAAGUGUUUUUAUUUGGCGGUAAUAGCGGUGAUCUAGCCGAGUCUGGAACUGCGCAAGGAGUGUUUUUGAAUAGCACUUACGUGCUGGAUACGGGCAGUAUGGUGUGGCGAAAACCAUUGGUAAAAGGCAACCUUCCAAAAGCUCGUGCAGAUACUACUAUGGUUUUUGAUGCACAGUCUAACCACUUAAUCUUUUUUGGAGGAUGGGCAAAUCGCUGGUACAACGAUUUACACGUUCUCAACGCGAGUGAAAUUAUUGGACCUCCAUACUCAAUCUCUUCAAUCGAACCAAGACUUGGUCCUGUCACAGGGAAUGCAAAAGUGAAAGUGAUGGGAUCUAAUUUUACUGGCCAAAAUGCAACCUUGCGGUUUGCAGCUGCAAAAGGCUUUGUCGAUGUCGUAGGAGCUGUCUUCAGUUCUAGUAUCAUUCAGGCAACAACUCCAAGCUUUGAGAAGUUUGGUGCACUGACUUCUGAGGUUCGAGUGUCAAUGUCUGGCUGUAUGUUUACAAAUAUAGCGACCUCUUUUCGUUUUCACUCAGUUACGGUAGCCUCAAAGUCGCUAGCGUUUGGUCCUUGUGUGAUCGCUGCACUCAGUGAGAAUUGCUUAGCCGAGCUACCAACAACAUUCAUAAUCCAAUCUCGAGACAGAGAUGACAAUCCUCGUGACUGUGGAGGAGAUGAGUUCACUGUGAUUCCAAGGCAUUGUGAUGACCUCCCAACCCAAGCAAAUGAGACUGUUUUGAUUUUUGACAAGAAUGAUGGAACAUACGCGGUAACAUUUACCCCAUCUAGAGUUGGGAUGUAUGAGAUAUCAGUGGACUUCAACGGUACAUUUGGUGGUAUCUCCGGCCCAAUUCGAGGCUCACCGUUUACCGCAGUAUUCCAGCAUCCGUCUAGUGAGAACAAAUCUAAGUCUCUUCCACCACUUGCCUCACAGAAGGAUCUUGACUCUCCCGAGCUCAUUAGGCGUAUGAUGACAACGAUGAACAAGCGUAACGGUGAAUAUCGUCGAAUUCUGGUUGAUCUUCGCAAAGAUAUCCCCACUAACGCGACGGAUGGACUAGAGACUAUUCGAAAAGUAAAAGAAACAAUUCAUAAACUUGAGAUGGAUAAGAUUGCGAAUCACCUGGUCUUGGACCAAGUCCGUCAGCUUUUAAUGAGCAUUAAAAAAUGCGGAGGCCAUGUCGACAAAGAGAUCGCAGAAAUUGAAAGUAUGGAAAAAGUGUUUUUUGAUGUUACAAAACAGAUUCCAGCAACACAGAAACGCACGGAGGAACCAACGCGGAUAUUUAGUGAGAAAACUGAAGAGAGUAUAACCGCUUAUGAAAAGCUGAUUGCUCAGAAGGUCGAGACGCUCAAGACUUUGGAUUUUUGGUCAUAUAGGGUAGAGCCUGACAGCGGUCUAAAGAAAAUUGAAAGCUAUCUUGUCGACUGGAAUAUGGACAUGAAGAAGUGCGAAGAAAACACAAAAUUGUGCUCCAUAUUUGGCUUUCCGCAUCUAAUGAAUGAAACGCUUGGCAUGAUGCGUCUUAUGCGUGCAGAAGUUGACGCGAUGAAAACUGUAUGGGCAAUCAUUAAGCGGACAAAAGCCUUUUUCAAAGCUACGCGAGAUAUUUUGUUUCGAGAAGUUGAUGUGAAUGCACUCCAGAUUGAAGUGCAGUCUACAUUGAAAGAACUGAAGAAAAUCCCGAAAGAUAUCCAGUGGUGUGAUGCUUAUACUUCGAUCUUACAGGAGUGCCAGGCGUUCGACAAGACUCACCCCCUCAUCCGCUGCUUGUCAUCAAAUUAUAUGCGUCUGAGACACUGGAAACGUAUCAUGGUCCACACAGGUGAAUUUCGGGUGCCCGAAGAUGAUCAUGAUCAGCGACUUUCAGUAAUUCUAGAUAAAAAUCUUUUUAAAUUUGGUUCGGAAAUCAGCGAGAUUUGCUACGAAGCGGAGAAAGAACAAGAGCUUGAGCUUCGGUUGAUCGAGCUAGAGAGUCUUUGGGUGGAGGUUACUUGGGAAUUUACAUCAUACAACCCAGGGGCGGCGGAGGAUGCUAUUGUGCCUCUUUUGAAAAUAUCUGAAGAAAAUUUUGAGCUACUGGAGUCACACCAAAUUGAUGUGCAAGGAAUGAGUGCUUCACCAUACCAGUCAGAAUUUGAACCUCGUGUUACAAAGCUUCAAAAUGGCCUCUCAUCUAUCAACGAAGUCGUGAUACUGCUGGGCGAUAUUCAGAGGUCUUGGAGCUAUUUAGAACCGCUAUUUAUUCAAUCCGAAGAAGUGAAGAAGCAGUUGCCUGAGCUGACGACAGACUUUGAAGAAAUUGAUAGGGAGAUUCGCCAAAUUUUGAAAAGUGCUUUGAAGACGUUAAAUGUGCAGCUUUCAUGUACGGAACCAGGUCUCAUUAAACGCUUAGAGAUUAUCGUCGAAAAACUGGAAAGGUGCAAGCACCGCCUCAAAGAGUUCCUUGACGGGCGUCGUCGCCAGUUUCCCCGCUUUUACUUCAUGUCAGAGGCAGAUUUGCUAGAUAUUUUGUCGAAUGGGUCACACCCCGAGCGCAUCAUGCCUCACUGCUCGAAGAUUUACCUGGCCACCAAGACGCUUACACUUAUGGAUCGCGGACCCGGCAAACGGCCACUCGCUACAUCUUUUGUUGCUGGUGUUGGGCAUGAGAUUGUUGAUUUCUUUGAGCCUCCAAUACUGGAAGGAGAGGCCGAAAUUUAUCUGGAGACUAUUAUGCGUGCGAUGAGGUUGACGUUGUUUAAGCAUAUAGAGCGUUCACUUGUAGCUUAUACAGAAAUGCCUCGCGUUAAUUGGAUCAACUUUCGAGACGAAAGCCACAAGCCUAUGGAUGCAGCUCAGAUUAUCCUUCUCGCAGCAGGAGUGCACUAUGUCGAAGAAGUUGAGCAUUCUUUUCGUUCUAUUCAGGCGGGUGAUAAAAAUGCUUUGAAAGACUACAAUACGACGCAGGAGAAGCAACUUGAGGACCUGAUAAAGCUGACGCAGAGCGAUAUUUCGUAUGCUGAAAGACAGCGUGUGAUGGUGCUUAUUACGAUGGAUGCUCACGGUCGAGACAUUGUGGCAAACAUGAUACGUGCAGGAGUGCAGGAAGCAACUCACUUCCAGUGGCAGUCUCAGCUAAAACACUACUUUUCACCCGCAGCAGGAAGUUUUCUAAAGCGGGAUAUGACUUUUCGAGGAGCUAACGACGCACGUGCUCAAAUACUAAUUUGUGACGCUGGGAUCCCGUAUGACUACGAAUAUCUUGGCAACGGCCCUCGACUUGUAAUUACUCCGCUCACAGAUCGAAUAUAUGUGACGGCGACACAGGCACUAAAUUUGCAGAUGGGAUGUGCUCCCGCUGGCCCUGCAGGGACUGGCAAGACAGAGACAACGAAAGAUCUAGCAAACGCUCUUGGAAAAGUCUGUUACGUAUUUAACUGCUCGCCUGAAAUGGACUUCAAGAGUCUAGGAAACAUUUUUAAAGGUCUCGCGUCAUCAGGAUCUUGGGGCUGUUUUGACGAGUUUAAUCGCCUGGUUCCAGAAGUUCUUUCGGUCUGUUCUGUUCAAUUUAAGGCCGUGUGUGAUGCAUGUAGAGCUGAUGACGAUAGGUUUGUACUCGAGAACGACGAAGUAACGCUCGACCCAACAGUUGGUGCGUUCAUUACGAUGAAUCCCGGAUACCUUGGUCGCUCCGAGCUGCCUGAAGGCCUUAAAGCAUUGUUUCGACCAAUGACUGUUAUGGUACCCGAUCUCGUGCUGAUUUGCGAGAAUAUGUUGAUGGCAGAAGGAUUCACCCAGGCUAAAGUUUUGGCGUCAAAGUUUUAUGGCUUGUACUCAUUGCUUGGCCAGCUUCUGUCCAAACAGCUGCACUACGACUGGGGCCUUCGAGCUGUGAAGAGCGUGCUAUGUGUCGCUGGUGCUUUCAAGCGUGCCGAGCCAGACAUACCUGAAACCGAUUUGCUCAUGCGUGCAUUACGAGAUUUCAACAUUCCAAAGAUUAUUGCAGAAGACAUGGUUGUCUUCUUUGGUCUUCUCGGGGAUCUUUUCCCGCGCGACAAUCCAAAUGUGGACGUACGCAAUGACCCCCCACGAAAGCGCGAUAUGGAGCUUGAAUCAAUGGUGCAGGGUGCUUCAGAAUCGAUUGGCAACACACCUCGGCCCGAAUUCAUGCUCAAAGUCGUACAAUUGUCAGAAUUGCUUGCAAUACGUCACUGCGUCUUCGUUAUGGGACCACCCGCCUCUGGCAAAACGGAAACGUGGAAAACACUGAAAAAAGCUCGUGAGAUCAUGGGCACACCGGUGGAGACGCAAGACUUAAAUCCUAAGUCCGUUAGUACUAACGAACUCUACGGAUAUAUUGUGCUCAAGACGCGUGAGUGGAAAGAUGGUCUUUUAUCCCGUAUUAUGCGUGAUCUGGGCUCUCGUCGUCGUGACAACGGCGAUGAAGAUUUAAACCCCAAAUGGAUUAUUCUGGAUGGAGAUCUUGAUGCAAAUUGGAUUGAGUCGAUGAACUCUGUCAUGGACGAUAACAGAAUGCUCACGCUGGCUUCAAACGAGCGUAUUCCACUAAAAGCACACAUGAGAAUGAUAUUUGAGAUCCGUGAUCUUGUGUACGCCACGCCAGCUACCGUGUCACGUGCUGGAAUUCUGUACAUAUCAACGUCGGAGGGAUAUCAAUGGCGCUGCUUGAUUAAUAGCUGGCUUGAUCGGCACUGUCAACAACCCAUCGACCCUCGUCAGACUGAUGUACUGUUCACUGCCGACACACGCGUUAAAUUUCAAGGACUUUUCGAUCAGUAUAUCGAAUCUACUCUAAAAUUUUUUCGCAAGAAGCUUGUCCCGGUGGUUCCCGUAGAAGAAACGACGCUCGUGACCACGUUGCUUAACAUGAUCGACUGUCUAUUAACUCCUCAAAUUCUAUCAGAUUAUAAUGCGACGCAAAAUGUGUUUGUGUUUUGCUGCGUGUGGUCAUUCGGAUCCAUCCUUACGAUAGGUGAUGAUGGUACGGACUACUCAGCCGACUUUAGUAACUGGUGGAAGAAUCAAUGGAAGAAUGUUAAAUUGGUAGCUUCGGCAAGCAACACGGUAUAUGAUUUCUGGUUGGAUCCUGAGACUUCUAAGUUUACAUCAUGGUCCAAAAGCCCAUAUUUUUAUACAGAGACGUACACAUCCCCUAGUCCAAUUAACCAGAUCACGGUACCGACCACAGAGACGGCAUCAGUUGGAUUCUGGCUUGAGAAACUGAUCUUAAACAACGUUCCAGUGAUGGUGUGUGGACCAGCUGGUACCGGUAAAACUCAAAAUAUUAUGGGCAUGUUGAAAAAGCUUAGUAAGGAUGAAACGGCCACAGCAUAUCGCUACAGCACCAUUAAUUUUAACUUUUACACGACAAGUGCGAUCUUGCAGCAAACAAUGUUUGGACAGCUGGAGCGUAAAACGGGUAUCAACUUGGGUCCACCCGGAAAGACACGUCUGAUUUAUUUUAUGGAUGAUUUAAAUCUACCCGAGGUUGAUCCUUUUAACACACAGAGUGCUAUUUCACUGUUACGUCAAGUAAUGGAAUACAGGCAUUGGUUUGACCGCGUUAAGCUACUACCACAGAACAUCAUGAAUGCGCAGGUGGUCUCUGGUAUGAAUCCCACUGCUGGUUCUUUUCUCAUUGACCCGCGACUUCAACGUCACUUCAGCACGUUUGCUAUGGGUAUGCCGGAAGCACCAAGCUUAGUCACGAUAUAUGAAACCUUUCUGGGUGGGCAUCUGUCGGGAUUCGUAGAUGAAUUGAGCAACUCGCAGUUCAUUAACGCUUUAAUCAAGGCUGCGUUGAGCUUACAUGCUAGUGUUGUGAGUACUUUUCGAAAAACGGCGGCAAACUUCCACUAUGAAUUUAAUGUUCGCCACUUAUCUAGUGUGUUUCAAGGGCUGAUUGCCUCUAAAAAGGAUCGAUUUUACAGUCAGGAAAAAUUCGUGUUUUUGUGGCUGCAUGAGAGUGAACGUGUGUACGGCGAUAGGCUCGUGUCAAAGACUGAUAUCGAAAAGUAUAAUCAACUUUCACAAGUACAAAUAAAGAAGUCGUUUACAUCGUGCAAUAUCAGUCGAUAUUAUGCAGCAGAGAACUGUUGGCCCCUCAUUUUUUGCCAUUUUACAAGAGAUGGAGAUUCCGAGUACGACCAAGUUGUGGGCACAAAUUUAGACAAUCUCAAGACGAAUCUACAUGCUCAUCUACGUGAUUAUAACAAUAAUGAAAAUAAUACUGCGAUGCAGCUUGAUCUAUUCGACGAUGCUGUUAAACAUGUCGCUCGCAUUGUUCGUAUUUUGCAAAACGAGAGUGGUCACGCCCUACUGGUAGGUGUGGGAGGUAGUGGAAAGCGAUCAUUAGCUCGUUUGGCCUCGCACAUUUGUGGCUAUACCGUUCGUCAGAUCACUAUCAGCUCUAAAUACGGUGAAAAUGAAUUUAAGGAUGAUCUGCGCAAGAUGCACAUGACAGUGGUCGAUAUGUUGUCACGUAAUGAAGAGAGUGGAGGUGUUGUAUUCUUGCUCACAGACUCUCAAAUUACAAACGAAAAGUUUCUUAUCUAUUUAAAUGAUCUGCUUGCCUCUGGUGAGAUCCCGGAUCUAUUUGCUCUUGAAGAUACGGACAAUAUUGUCAACCUCUUGUCGCCAGUUGCGGGCACGAAAGACCGAAAUGAAGUUAUUAAGUUCUUUCAAGCUGAAAUUCGAAAGCGACUUCACUUGUGUCUGUGCUUUUCACCUGUCGGUGAUGAUUUUCGCAAUCGUGCGCGUAAGUUCCCUGCUCUAGUCAACUGCACGGUCAUUGACUGGUUUCAGCCAUGGCCAAAAGAGGCUCUUCUUUCUGUCGGUUCCGAGAAGUUGAAGGAGAUAGGUGACUUGUUAGGACCUGAUGAAUGUCGCGUAGGAAUCGAGAGAUUUAUGCCGUUCUCGUACCAAUCAGUAAAUUUGUGUGCUGAGCGGUUCUUCCAGACAGAGCGCCGUCACGUUUAUACGACACCUAAGUCAUAUUUAGAGCUGCUUCAAUUGUAUAAAAAGAUUUUGCGUAAAAAAGUUGGAGAGUAUGCGGCGGCCAUUGAUCGCUUAGAAAAAGGCUUGUUGAAACUCAAGGAAACUGGAGAUACAGUGUCACGGCUUGAAGUAGAGCUUAAGGUCAUUCUCGAGGCUGCUGAAGACAAGAAAGCUGUGGCGUCUGGUAUUGCCGAGGCUGUGAAUAAGGAAAAGGUCAAUGUAGAAACUGAAAGCAAAAACGCAAGCGACGAAGCUGCGAAGUGCGCAAUUAUUCAGACAGAAGUGACCGAAAAGCAGAGGUCGACGCAGGAGGAUCUUGCAAAGGCCGAACCUGCUGUCCAGCAAGCGAUGGCUGCACUGGACUCCUUAAACAAAAAGGAUCUGGGAGAGUGUAAGACCAUGUCAAAGCCCCCAGCUGGUGUAGACGAUGUCUUUUCUGCGACGAUGGUUCUGCUCGCUGGUGUGCAUCCAAAUGUGCAAGUCACCAAGACCGGUAAGGUGAAAGAUGUCAAGUGGGACACCGUUAAAAAGCAGCUUCUCGGGAACAUUCCUGAGUACAUUGAGUAUCUGGUUGGCUUCAAGCAAGUGGUUGACGAAGGCAAAGUACCCACCACAAAUUGGAAAGAAGUACGCGCGUAUUUGGAAAUGGAACAUUUUAAUUAUGACACAAUUCUCACAAGAAACAAAGCCGCUGCAGGGCUGUGCUCUUGGGUGAUCAACAUUGUCAUGUACUACGACAUCGUCAUCACCGUUGAGCCAAAGCGUCAGGCUUUGGCUGCUGCCAACUUGGAAUUGGAGGCUGCAAAUGCACGUCUAAUCGAAGUGACAGCAUUAGUUGCAGAACUGCAAGCAAAGCUAGACAAGCUUCUCGCCGAAGCCGCUGCAGCUGAUAAAGAGAAGGAAGACGCAAUUAAUGCUGUUGAGAUCGGCAACCGUAAGAUGAAGCUUGCAGGCACACUAACAAAUGAUCUCUCUAGUGAAAACGAUCGGUGGGGUAUUAAUGUGUUGCAACUUCAGAAGGAAAAAGAGUUACUAGUGGGUGAUGUGCUACUUGCUUCGGCCUUCAUCUCUUACAUUGGUCCAUUCACGAAGCCGUUCCGUGACGAACUAAUCACUAAACAUUGGAUGCCAUUCUUACUGACAGCUGCGGGAGGAAAAAGCAUUGCCAUGUCUGAAGAAGCGAACCCACUUGUCAUUCUGACGAAUGAUGCUCAGAUUGCGCAGUGGAACACUCAAAAGUUGCCGUCCGACCGUGUGUCUAGUGAGAAUGGGGCCAUUGUAGUCACUACGGUAUCUAUGGGACGUCGCCCGCUUAUUGUAGACCCACAAUUACAAGCAAUCGCAUGGAUUCGUGAAAUGGAGGCGCACAACAACCUCAUUAUUGUUCGAGCAGGACAAAAAAGGUGGAUUGAGCGCCUUAAGACAGCUAUCGGUACCGAUGGUGCUUUCUUAAUCGAGAAUUUGGGGGAAAAGAUUGAUCCGAUUUUGGCACCUGUGAUUCAGCGCUCAACCUCACGACGUGGUGCACGCUACGAAAUCCAGAUUGGUGAUGCGUCCGUGCCGUACAAUGAUAACUUUCACUUGUACUUGCAUACGAAGCUGGGCAACCCACAUUACCCACCUGAAAUUCAAGCAGAGUGUACCAUUGUAAAUUUUACAGUUACAAUGCUCGGACUGGAGGACCAGUUGCUUAACCUUGUCGUAUCCAAAGAGCGUCAGGAUCUUGCUGUAAAGCGCGAAGAAUUGAUUCAAGAACAAAACAAUGGUAAAAUCGAGCUAAAAAAACUGGAAGAUGAUAUUCUUUUCUAUCUCGCAAGUGCCGACGACGAUAUCACGAACAACCAACCUCUGAUUCAGAUCUUAAGUGACACUAAACACAAAGCACAACGUACACAGAUCAAUAUGGAGGUCGCCAAGAAAACACAAGAGUCGGUAAACAUUACUAGUGAAAAAUACCGCCGUAUCGCUGCGCGAGGCUCUUUGCUCUUUUUUCUUAUGAAUGACAUCAGCAAGGUGCAUUCGUACUACAUCUACUCCCUUGCAUCGUUCCAGCAAGUUUUCUUGUCUGGUAUAUAUCGCGCUCCACUCUUAAAAAAACCCACAAUUUGCGAUGAGGAUGUUGUAACAGAAAGUGAGAGUGCACCUGUACCUGAAACUUCGACGGGAAGUGAAGGGGGCAUAGGAGACGAUAUUGCUGCUGAAACUGAUCUUACUCUUUUGGACCUCACUAAUGAAGAGAUGAACGAACGCUGCCAGGUACUCAUGGACAGCAUCACAUUGUGUGUCUACAACUACGUUCGCCGUGGACUUUUUGAACGAAACAAACUAACGGUAGCAACAAUGCUAUGUUUCAAGAUUUUGCUAAAAGAUGGGUUGUUAAACGAUUUUGAGGUCGAGUAUUUUCUCAUCAGCAAAGCCCACCCAGAUGCAGGAAAUGCUGGUUCAGCUUCGGAAUGGCUACCUGCAGCCAUUUGGGGUAAAGUGAAAGCACUCGAAAAUGUCAAAGCUUUUCAAGGUCUAGGAGACGGCAUUCAGAAUAAUCCUGAUGAGUGGCGAAAGUGGUUUGCGAGUGAAGAUGUUGAGCGACAGGAAGUGCCUGGUGAAUUUACAAAAUUGUCUGCUUUCCAACGACUGAUCUUACUGCGUGCCAUGCGACCUGAUCGCGUCACCAGUGCACUUCGAACUUUCAUUCUUGAAUCCAUAGGCGAAGAUUAUAUCAAUCAGCCACCAUUCAGCAUGGAGGCGACGUACGCAGAGACAAACUCAAGCAUUCCUAUUUUUUUUGUCCUAUUCCCGGGUGUUGAUCCAACGCCAUGGGUGGAAACGCUCGGAAGAUCUAAUGGAGUGAGUUUGGAAAACAACAAUUUCAUUAAUAUAUCGAUGGGGCAAGGCCAGGAAGCGUACGCAGGUGAAGCGCUGAAGCGUUUAAGCAUAGAGGGUGGCUGGAUAAUCUUGCAAAAUGUGCAUUUGAUGCAAUCGUGGUUGCCAACUCUCGAGCGCCAACUGGAAGAGGUUGCAAUUGAAGGUGCUCACGAUCUCUUUCGAUGCUACAUUUCGGCUGAACCCCCUCCACUUCCUGACAUGCUGAAUAUUCCUGAGUCACUGCUUCAAAGCUGUAUCAAGGUAGCGAACGAGGCACCGUCAGAUAUCCAGUCAAAUCUGCGUCGUGCCUGGGCGAAUUUUGAUGAAGAAAAGAUACAGGCUUGCACUAAACCAGAAGAAUUCAAGUCUUGUUUGUUUGCUCUGUGUUGGUUCCACGCUAUUGUGCUGGGACGAAGACGGUUUGGACAGCAAGGGUGGAGUCGAGCUUACAGCUUUAACACAGGAGACCUCACGAUAUGUGCUAAUAUUUUGCAUUCGUAUCUGGACAACAACGCCUCCGUUCCGUGGGACGAUCUGCGCUAUCUGUUUGGUGAGAUCAUGUAUGGUGGUCACAUUACGGAUGCCUGGGAUCGUCGUACUAACAAUACAUACUUGGCGGUUCUUAUAAAUCCGGAGCUACUAAACGGUAUGGAAUUAGGCCCAGGCUUUAAGUCUCCAAGCCCGCACGAGUUUUCGUUUGCUGACUUCGCAAACUACAUUGAAAAAGACAUGGUUCCUGAGGCACCGCCUCUCUUUGGCCUUCACCCGAAUGCUGAAAUUGGCUAUCUUACUACAACUUGUGAGACACUAUGUUACACGAUUGUGACUGUCGGUGGUGGUACAGGUGGUGGAGAGGAAGGAGGAGGUGACAAGACGGCAGCACUGCGUGCAUUCAUCGACGACUUAGGAUCGCGUUGUCCCGAGUCUUUUAACAUGCUAGACGUGAUUGAAGCUGCAACGCCUCAAUUAACUAAAGAACACGGUCCGUUUGUGGUGGUAGCAUUACAGGAAUGUAGCCGUAUGAACGUUCUACUACAGGAAAUCCGAUUAUCCCUUGGCGAUCUUAAAAAGGGCUUAAAUGGACAGCUCAAUAUGUCGCAAGCGAUGGAAGACUUGGCCACAGCAAUGUCGUUAAACGAAGUACCUGGACGCAACCCCUUCUCGCAGUGUAAAUGGGAGAAGAAGGCUUGGCCGUCGACGAAGUCGCUCAGCGGCUGGUUUGCUGAUAUGGUGAAGCGUCAUGAACAGCUUAGUAUGUGGACUGGUGACACUACUGGAGGAGGAGAAAACUGCUUUGUCACUCCGUAUUCUAUUUGGUUGCCGGGUCUCUUCAAUCCCACUGCGUACACGACGGCGUGUCUGCAAGUUACAUCACGAAAACGGUUCAUGCCUUUAAACCGAAUGACAGUGGAGACACACGUAACCACAAUUCAGGAUCCUUCAGCUGUUUCAUGUUAUCCAGAUGACGGUGUAUUUGUGCAUGGACUUAUUCUGGAGGGUGCGCGAUGGAGCACGCUGGAAGAAAUUAAUGAUCGCUAUUCUGUCGGAACGACACCGCCUACUGAGUGUGGGGGCUCGUUGCUGGACAGUCGACCCAAGGAGCUACUUUGGAAUAUGCCAGUCAUGUACGUCAAGGCCGUGACUACGUCUCCAACUUGGGAACCUUCCUCGGUGGGCUACUUACGUCACGAUCCAAAUAUCUACGAGUGCCCAGUAUAUCUAACUCGUUUUCGCGGCCAUACGUACAUCUUCCUUGCGACGUUGCCGACCGACUGCGGCAGUGCCAAGUGGGUACUACGCGGUGUCGCACUUAUCUUUCAGGACGAUAACUAA